AGCAGACAUGGUCAGCUCUGCAGUGAGGUGGCUGACAAGCUCUGGGACACUCUGGCUUGGUUUCUCCGUUCUGAAAUGGGGAAGGGCAGUGGGGGCACUAACAGCGUGGAGGUAAUGACCUAGUAAACAGUUCUAGCUCUGGGCAUCAUGAAUAUGUGUUCAUCUGUCUCGCUUCUGGGAUGAGAGCAACCAAUUCAUUCCCAGCUGUUUCUGGAGAGUAAUCCUAGGCAAAAGGGAAGAAGCCUGGCCCCAUAAAGUGCUGACUUGAGGUGUUUGUGUCAUUCCUUGCAGACUGCCUGCUCAUCAUGUCUUCCAUCCUUAGGAAGAGGAAGAAAUUUGGCAGUUCUGACAUGGAGGAAUCUGAAGUGACAGAUGAACACACGGAUGGGGAGGACUCCAUGCUGGAAACACCUGACAGCCUCCAGGGUACACUCAGCACCAAGGUGCAGCCACCCAAAAGCAACAUCUUUGCAAGACGUGGGUGGUUUGUGAUGGGUGAUAGUGACAAGGACAUGGCUCCCAUGGACUCCUUUUACCAGAUGGAUCACCUGAUGGUACCUUCUGUUAUCAAAUUUCAUGCCAAUUUGGAGAGGGGGAGACUUCACAAGCUCCUAUCUACAGAGUCCAUCACAGGCUACUCAGAAAAAGCUUUCAAAUUUUAUGACCACAGAAGGAUCUUUGAUGCUGUAGCCCAAGGCAACACAAGGGACCUGGAUGUUCUGCUACUCUACCUUAAUAGAACCUUGAAGCAUCUCACAGAUGAUGAGGUCAAAGAGCCAGAAACUGGGAAAACCUGCUUACUGAAAGCCAUGCUGAAUCUACAUGAUGGGAAAAACGAUAUCAUUCCCUUGCUGCUGGAUAUUGCAAGGAAAACUGGAACUCUGAAAGAGUUUGUUAAUGCAGAGUAUACUGACAACUACUACAAGGGGGAGCGGCCUUUGUCCCUGGCUGCCUGCACCAACCAGCUCUGCAUUAUGAAAUUCCUCCUUGAGAACCCCUACCAGGCAGCCAACAUCGCCGCUGAGGACUCCAUGUGGAAUAUGGUCCUGCACACAUUGGUGGAGAUUGCAGAUCAUGCUAAGGAUAAUACCAAGUUUGUGACCAAGAUGUACAAUAACAUAUUGAUCCUUGGUGCCAAAAUUAAUCCAAUCCUGACACUAGAAGAACUCACCAGCAAGAAAGGGCUGACUCCAUUAACUCUUGCAGCCAAAACAGGGAAGAUAGGGAUUUUCACUUACAUCCUCAGACGAGAGAUCAAAGACCCUGAGUGCAGACACUUGUCUAGGAAGUUCACUGAAUGGGCUUAUGGACCUGUCCACUCAUCUCUUUAUGACCCAUCCUGUAUAGACACAUGCGAGAAAAAUUCAGUGCUCAAGAUUAUUGCCUACAGUAGUGAAACACCAAACCGUCAGGAGAUGCUGCUGGUGGAACCCCUUAACAGACUGCUGCAAGACAAGUGGAACUGGUUUGUCGAACACUUAUUUUACUUCAACUUCUUUGUCUAUACCAUGCAUAUCAUUAUUCUCACCGCAGCUGCUUACUAGAGACCUGUACAGAAGAAGGAAAAGCCUCCCUUCAUGUUUGGUCACAGCACUGGGGAAUGUUUUUGAGUGACUGGAGAGAUCCUGAGUGUAGUGGGAGGCCUCUACUGUUUUUUCAGAGGGAUGAUCCUUAGAGAUUUAUGUCGCUUCAUGUUUGUCUAUCUAGUGGUCCUCUUGGGAUUUUCUACAGCUGUGGUGACUUUAAUUGAAGAUGACAAUGAGGGGCAAGACACAAAUAGCUCUGAAUAUCCCCAAUGCUGCCAUACGAAACGAGGCCGCACAUCCUACAAUAGUCUGUUAACCUGCUUGGAGCUUUUCAAGUUCACUAUUGGGAUGGGGGACCUGGAGUUCACAGAGGACUACAGGUUCAAGUCUGUGUUUGUCAUCCUUUUGGUUCUCUAUGUCAUCCUUACAUACAUCCUCCUGCUCAACAUGCUUAUUGCACUGAUGGGGGAAACUGUGAGCAAAAUUGCACAGGAGAGCAAGAGCAUCUGGAAACUCCAGAGAGCCAUCACAAUCUUGGAUAUUGAAAACAGCUACUUGAACUGUGUGAGGCGCUCGUUCCGGUCUGGGAAGCAAGUCUUGGUGGGGGUCACACCUGACGGCCAAGAUGAUUACAGAUGGUGCUUUAGGAUUGAUGAAGUGAACUGGUCCACAUGGAAUACUAAUCUGGGCAUAAUAACGAAGACCCUGGGUACUCUGGGGACCUUGGACGAAAUCCCAGUUACUCUAUUAAGCCUGGCAGAGUUUCAGGGAAAAACUGGAAAACAUUGGUUCUGCUUUUAAGAGAUGGAAGCAGGAGAGAAGAGACUCAAAAACUACCAGAAGUCGUCAAAUUGAAACCUAUUUUGGAACCUUAUUAUGAGCCAGAAGAUUCUGA